UCAAGCAUCAAACGUAAACUGCAAAGAUGGCAUUUGCGCUUCGCUUGUUAUUCCUCCUUUGCGGGAUCAGUGGACUGUUGACUGGAGUCUGGUCUAUCCGAGUGAGUUCUCACAAAGAAAAUAACUGUCCUAAAGGGUGGACUCGUUUGGACUGUAACUGUUACAUCUAUGAACAUGAAGCGAGGACCUUUGCAGAUGCAGAGAGCAUCUGCAACAUUCUUGGUGGGAAUCUGGCCUCCAUUCACAGUGAUCUGGAAAAUGCAUUUGUUCGUGAAUUGAUUCGAGCUGGUGGUGAUAACGCCAACGAAGGCUGGCUUGGACUCCAUGAUGCAAUUGAGAGUGGUGACUACAUAUGGACCGAUGGCUCUGAAGAGGAUUUCCUUAACUUUGAUACCAAUGCUAGUCCUCCAGAGCCUAAUACCGGCACUGGUAAUAACUGUGUAGAGCUUGAUGACAGUGGUUAA